GUGCUAUGAGGGAACAGUAUAUGAGAACAGGAGAUGGGUUCCUCAUUGUCUUUUCAGUAACUGAUAAAGCUAGCUUUGAGCACGUGGACAGGUUCCAUCAGCUUAUCCUUCGUGUUAAGGACAGGGAAUCAUUUCCCAUGAUCUUAGUAGCGAAUAAAGUUGAUUUGAUGCACUUGCGCAAAGUCACAAGUGACCAAGGCAAGGAAAUUGCAGCAAAGUACAACAUUCCGUGCCCUUUUCCUUUUCUUGUUCUGAGGUGUAACAUAAUUUACCAAAUAGUAAUGAGAUUUUACCGGGUCUAUAUCAUGUCAGUGAAACAGCAUUACAGCGGAUGCCGUAAUGCCGUUUCACUGACACAUAUAGACCAAAAUCGGAAAAGAGAGAAAGCUCAGAAAUACAUCAGUGAAGUUCAUGGCCCUAUAAUUAAGAACCUUCAAGCUACAUCUGAUGUCAGAACUUUAAAUAGGGAAGGAACCAGUGUUUCUGUAGCAGAUAUUGUGGAAGCAGGAACUUCUAGUGUUGGUAAUGGACUGUUUGUUAACAACUCUGCAACAACCAACGAUGAAAAUGAUGGUGGGGCUAAUACCAAGACUUUUUUAGCCAAUGAGAAGGAGGGCAGGAGCCAGAGAAUGCGCACAUUAAGGAGAAGAGAACGAACAGUGUCAAAUUCUUCCACUGACAAUUAA